AUGGCUUCGGUAGGGCUCGAAAAAGUGAACAUUCUCGGAAGGGACAGCAUCCAUGUCGGGUACGACCUGCGGGCACACAUUGCGCGGACGGUAUUCGAGUCGUGUGUGUCGUCGACAUACGUCGUGGUGAGCGACGCGAACGUGGCGCGCGUGCCAUACCACGAGGCGCUCUGCGCUGCGCUGGAGGAGGGGCUGCCCGCGAGGUCGCGCAUGCUGCGGUACGUGGUGCAGCCCGGCGAGACGUACAAGACGCGGGAGACGAAGGGUGAGAUCGAGGACUUCAUGCUGGCGGAGGGCUGCACGCGGGACACCGUGGUGCUGGCGGUGGGCGGCGGCGUGAUCGGCGACAUGGUGGGGUUCGUGGCGGCGACGUUCAUGCGCGGCGUGCGGUUCGUGCAGGUGCCCACGUCGCUGCUGGCGAUGGUGGACUCGUCCAUCGGCGGCAAGACCGCGGUGGACACGCCUGCGGGCAAGAACUUCAUUGGCUCCUUCUGGCAGCCCGAGUUUGUAUUCGUGGACGUCAAGUGGCUCGAGACCUUGCCGCGCCGCGAGUUCAUUAACGGCAUGGCGGAGGUGAUCAAGACAGCGUGCAUUUGGAAUGCCGCGGAGUUCAUGCGCCUGGAGAUGCACGCUAGCAUGUUUUUGCAGGUCGUGAACAGCAGCAAGCAGGUGAAGGUGGAUACCAAGGGCGGGCCGACCUCGCUCUCCUACACGAAUAUAACACAAAUCCUGGACCACGUCUUCCAGCUAGUAUUGGAGUCGAUCAAGGUAAAGGCGCACGUUGUCUCGUCCGAUGAGCGCGAAUCGGGGUUACGGAAUCUUCUGAACUUUGGUCAUAGCAUUGGCCAUGCAUACGAAGCACUCUUGACGCCGCAGGCGCUGCAUGGCGAAUGCGUCUCUAUCGGCAUGGUAAAAGAGGCGGAGCUGUCUCGCUACUUGAACAUCCUCUCUCCCACGCAAGUGGCGCGGCUUACAAAGGUUCUGUCCGCAUACGGCCUGCCAACAUCCGUGAACGAAGGAUGGUUCCGCGAGUUGACUUUAGGGAAAAGGACACCGCUAGAAGUUCUGCUUCGCAAAAUGAGUAUCGACAAGAAGAAUGACGGAAGCAACAAAAAAGUGGUACUCUUGGAGACAAUAGGGAAAUGCUACGGCACCUCGGCUCAUGUGGUGAGCGACACGGAUUUACGUUUUGUGCUGACCGAUGAGGCGCUAGUUUACCCAUUCACCGAUGUACGUUCGAGCACUGGUCAUACUAUUGUGCCGCCGGGUUCCAAGUCUAUCUCCAAUCGGGCCUUGAUCCUUGCGGCGUUAGGCAAGGGUAAAUGCAGAAUCAGAAAUUUACUGCACUCUGAUGAUACCAAGCACAUGCUCGAGGCUGUGCAGCAGUUAAACGCAGCCACAAUAUCGUGGGAGGAUAACGGUGAUACUGUUGUCAUAGAUGGCCACGGCGGAAGAACCCUAACUGCGUCCGAUUUGCCUUUAUAUCUGGGUAAUGCAGGCACUGCUUCUAGGUUUUUGGCAUCAGUGGCAUCGCUGGUCUGCCCUGAGGGCAAUAGGGACUCCGUUAUCUUGACAGGCAAUGCGAGAAUGCAAGAGAGACCAAUUGGGCCCUUGGUGGAAUCCCUACGUCUCAAUGGCGUCCGUGUGGACUAUCUAAACCGCGAAGGCUCCUUACCAAUAAAAGUGCACGCGGAAUCGAAGUUCCGUGGCGGUAGGAUCAACUUGGAGGCUAGUAUUUCCUCACAGUAUGUCUCUUCUAUCCUGAUGUGUGCACCAUAUGCAGAAGAACCGGUUACGUUGUCGUUGGAUGGAAAACCUAUCUCCGAGCUAUACAUUGAGAUGACAAUUAGAAUGAUGGAAAAGUUUGGUAUCAAGGUGGAAAAAUCUAAUGAUGAGUUAUACACUUAUCAUAUUCCAAGAGGACAGUAUGUUAACCCAGCUGAAUAUGUCAUUGAAUCCGACGCUUCAUCAGCUACAUACCCCUUGGCGUUUGCUGCUCUCACUGGAACUACAGUAACUAUACCUAAUAUCGGCCAUGAUUCCUUACAGGGUGACUCCCGAUUUGCAUGUGACGUCUUGAAACCGAUGGGAUGUACUGUACAGCAGACUGCCACAUCCACGACGGUUACGGGUCCGGAGCCUGGAACUUUAAAACCACUUGAGCAUGUUGACAUGGAACCUAUGACUGAUGCAUUUUUAACCGCAUGUGUUGUGGCUGCUGCAGCACAUAGUCCUGAAUCUAAGUGUAAAAAUAUCAUCACCAUCACCGGCAUUGCGAAUCAGCGAGUAAAGGAAUGUAACAGAAUACUGGCAAUGGUCACUCAGUUAAGUAAGUUUGGUGUGACUGCCGAAGAGCUACCAGAUGGUAUACAGGUUCAUGGCGUAGAGCAGUUAAGCCAACUGAAAGUACCGGAUGCUGUUGAGACUUACGAUGAUCAUCGUGUCGCUAUGAGCUUUUCGCUAUUGGCGGGAAUGGUAAAUUACGGCCAGGCACCUUCUUCUUGUAGACCUAUUAAAAUACUGGAGAGAAGAUGUACCGGUAAGACAUGGCCGGGAUGGUGGGAUGUUUUACACAGUAGACUGGGCGCAACUCUAGAUGGGAAUGAACCAUUGCCUGAGAAAGAGAACGAUAUAAGGAAAAGCGUCGUGCUCAUAGGAAUGCGCGCCGCAGGGAAGUCUACUGUCGGCAGGUGGUGCGCUGAAGCAUUAGGCUAUAAAUUACUGGACCUAGAUGACGAGUUUCAGACAUACUUUGGAAUGGGGACAGUAAAAGAAUUUGUUGCGCAGAAUGGGUGGGAGAGCUUCAGAAGUAAAGAAACCGACCUCUUUGGUCAUGUUCUAAACAAGUAUAGCAGGAGCGGGUAUGUUAUAUCUACCGGAGGAGGAAUAGUCGAAACUGCAUCUUCUAGAAAGCUACUACAGGAUUUCGCAGCCACAGGUGGGGUUGUGCUACAUCUAUACCGUGAUAUUGACGAGACGAUAAAAUUCCUGCGCACUGAUCCUACUAGGCCGGCUUAUAUUGAGGAGGUGAGAGGGGUAUGGGAUAGAAGAGAGAAGUGGUACCAUUUAUGCUCAAGUUAUAGUUUUUUCUCACCUCAUUGUUCAACAACGGCGGAGUUUGAGGGUUUAAGAAGGGUGUUCUCGAAAUUUAUUAGGAGGAUAACCGGUAUGCUACCGGUGGAAGUACCUGUAAAGCGUUCCACGUUUGUUUGUUUAACAUUCCAAAACUUGCUGCCCGAAAUGGAAAGAAUCAAAGAGGCUGUUUAUGGCUGCGAGGCUGUCGAAGUUAGAGUUGACCACCUCGAGAACUACUCCCAAGACUUUGUCUUAAAACAAUUAACAGCCUUGCGACUUGCCACCGAUUCUCUACCCAUCGUUUUCACUAUUCGGACAAAGAAACAGGGGGGCAAGUUCCUGGAUAACGACUAUUCGACGUUGGAAGACCUGCUAACCGUCGGCCUAAAGGCUGGCGUAGAAUUCCUUGACUUAGAGUUGACGCUGCCUUCUCCAAUCCACCAAAGAAUACUGAAUAAACGCUAUAAGACACGUAUUAUCGGUUCUCAUCAUGACUUCUCUGGUGAAUUUUCGUGGGAGCAUCCAGAAUGGGAACAUAGAUAUGCGCAAGCGUUAGCCAUGCAAGUUGACGCCAUUAAGUUUGUGGCAACAGCAAAGGGAUUUGGUGAUAACCUGUCUCUAGAGGAAUUCAGGUCAAAACAUACAGACAAACCACUGAUUGCGAUCAACAUGAGAGAGUGUGGAAAGCUCUCCAGAGUAUUGAAUACAAUUUUGACUCCUAUUACAUCGGAUGUCUUGCCUCAAGCGGCGGCUCCGGGGCAACUGACGCUUCGUCAAAUUAAUGAACUUUACGCUUCCAUUGGCGGACUCCGGCCAAAGAAAAUGUUUGUUGUUGGAUCGCCAAUCGGCCAUUCAAGGUCACCUAUCCUUCACAACACUGGCUACAACUCAUUAGGAUUGCCCUACACUUUUGACAAGUUUGAAACCGACUCGGCUGAGAUCGUCAAGAAGUCCUUGCUAUCCAGAGAGGACUUAGGAGGGAUAGCUGUUACAAUUCCUCUGAAGCAAGAUAUUAUGCAAUACCUGGACGAGCUUACUGACUCAGCGAAAUGCAUAGGUGCUGUGAAUACAAUCAUACCGAAGAAGGAUGGGAGGUUUAUCGGCCACAACACAGAUUGGCUAGGUAUAAAAAAUUCCCUGAUAGCGAAUGGGGUCCCGGAACAUGUUAACACUGCUGGCUUGAUAGUCGGCUCUGGGGGCACCGCCAGGGCAGCUGCGUAUGCCUUCCAUGAAAUGCAAUGCUCGACAAUCUAUAUGAUUAACCGCACCACGUCGAACUUGACUGAGCUGCAGAAGAGUUUCCCACAGGAGUUCAACAUUCAUGUUAUUGAGUCCCUCGAGCAAAUAGAGCAACUUUCUGAACCUGUUGGCAUCGCCGUCAGCUGUGUUCCCUCAGAUAAGCCGCUAGAUGACGCACUGUCCCAGAAACUUUCUGCGUUCCUGUCCAGGCCAUCCGCCACAAACUUCAUCCCUACAAUCUUGGACGCAGCGUAUAAACCUUUGGUUACGCCCGUUUUAAAGUUGGCUAGUGAGGUACAUGGCUGGCGACCCGUGUCCGGGGCACAGAUGCUGGUGCAUCAGGGGGUUGCUCAGUUUGAGAUAUGGACAGGUUUCAAGGCGCCGUUUGCACCGGUGUACGACGCCGUGACACAGGAGUAA